AAGAACAAAUUUUGGUAUUUUGAGUUUGGCACAUCUGAAACUUUCUCAGCCACCUGCAAGAAGCUACAUGAAUCUGUAGAGAUAGAAUGUGAUGGAGUACAAAUAGAUUUAAUAAACAUCUCUCUGGAAGGAAUUGCUAUUUUGAACAUACCAAGCAUGCAUGGUGGAUCCAAUCUUUGGGGAGAGUCUAAGAAAAGACGAAGCCAUCGCCGAAUAGAGAAAAAAGGGUCUGACAAAAGGACCACACUCACAGAUGCUAAAGAGUUGAAGUUUGCAAGUCAAGAUCUGAGUGACCAGCUGCUGGAGGUCGUUGGGUUGGAAGGAGCCAUGGAGAUGGGACAGAUAUACACGGGACUGAAAAGUGCUGGGCGGCGGCUGGCUCAGUGCUCCUCUGUGGUCAUCAGGACUAGCAAGUCUCUGCCAAUGCAGAUCGAUGGGGAACCAUGGAUGCAGACCCCAUGCACAAUAAAAAUUACACACAAGAACCAAGCCCCAAUGCUGAUGGGUCCUCCUCCAAAAACCGGGCUCUUCUGCUCCCUCGUCAAAAGAACAAGAAACCGGAGCAAGGAAUAAACCUGUCUCAUUUUAUUCUUAGAGAUCUAAUUAGCAUAAUUGGGCCAUGGAAACUUAUGCUGGAAAUCUUUCAACCAUUUCAGUUCUCUUGCUCAUGCAAAAUCAUGGAAUUGGUUAACAGUUUUUGUUAACGGGCUAAUGUAAAAUUCAGCUAUUAGAAAAUUUGUCUCUGUUUUUAUAGGCAUCUUUGCAUGAAGAAGGCAAAAGUUUACAUGAAGUGAUACUGCAUAUUUUUGUUGCAUGCAUUCCCAUAGAUUUUUAUGUCUCUCGUCCACCCCUCCCCCAAUUUCCAUUUACUAACCUGUGAGAGAAAUCUUUGAAACAUAAAAGGAAAUAUCAUGGGAAAUGUGAUUCUCCGUGUGAUUCCAGUUAUUGAUAAGCACUACUCAGUAAUGCUACGAUGAUCAUAACCGCAGAUUGCUCUAUUUUUCUUUUUUAGAAUCAGUGCAUCAAUGAUCUUUGAACUAUGACUUGAAAAGAAAGUUUUAAUUGGAAGAUUUUAUUAAAUAGUUGUCUCUGAUAACCUUGCUGUACCUAAAUAGUUUUUCUUCAACAUCUUAAUGCUUCUGAGUGGAAUUUAAAAUACCAGGUAUAUAAAGUGUUCUUGUGCUAAAAAACUAGAAAGCGAUUUUUAUUUUGUUUCAUUUUGUUUUUAAUUCCAGAAAGAAGUUGAGACAGAAAUAAGUUACUUGGCAGUAAAGUGUGAUAACAUGACAAGCCUUAUUCCUUUCUGCAUGUGGAUCUAGAAGAAAAUUCAUAACCACACCAGUAACCAAAUAGAUAUUUUAAACGAUGUGCCUAGUAUAUACUAUUUCCCACCAAAGAUUCAGAGAAAGAUGCUUGAGGGAAAUGGGUUAAUGCAUAAUUAAUUAGCUUUGUGGAGAAAAUUUAUGGUUCUUAUGAUUAAUUUUUUGAUGACUUAAACUCUGGAAGAGAGUGAAUUACCCAUUAAUUAUAAUUAAAAUUCUCAUCUUACAUAGACAGUGGGUCGCACAACACAAUCAAAGCUCAAUUGCUGAUUUCUUGCUUUUUUGGUCAUUUAUAAAUAUAGGUAUCUGUAAGUUUUAAUGGAUCAGUUAAGUACACUUGAGAAGGUAAAUGAUCAUAUCAGUUUUGCUCUGGAAUAAAUUGAUACGUGCAAUGCUGUUAAGCUCAUUGAAGCAAAUCAUGCAUGCACUUAGCCCCCCUUCAUCAACCUACACCACUCCCAUCUCUGUGACAUUUCAAAUGUUUAUUUGGAAAUAAUGACCCAGAUCGUCGUUUACAGUGUUCAUGGAAUGGUUGGAGUCUCCAUUUAAAGAAAUUAUGGCAUAGAACUUUCCUUGGUGUUUCAUUAAAUCUGUGAUAUAAAAUGAAAUGCUUUUCUGAGCAGUUUGGGUAUUGUCCAUUCAUAUUGACCUGCAUCCCAUCUUUGCAUGUUUUCUGUUUUUAAACAUGCCAUGAGGAAAACAAGUGCUUGAAAUGCAUGAUUUAUUAGUUUUUCUCUCCACUCUGCAUUAAAGUACUAAUGAUUUAUCAGUUCUGUUCUUCUAUUGAUUCGUUCAUCUUUGAAUAACAAAUAGCAUUUAGUGAUUUUGUUGAACGCAAUCCUGUGCAUGGAUCUAUGGAUUCCAAGUGAAAUUGCUAUAAUUUUUGUUCUUUGGUUUGAAAACUCAACUGAAUGCCGUCAUAUCAAAUAGCUACUCUCAAGCAGUAUUCUCUAAUGGAAGAUUAUGUAUAAAGCGUAUUAUUUUAGUGUUCCAGGAACAUUAGAUGGUAAAUAUCAAUCAACAAUAAGUUUAAUUGCUUUGAAAAUAAAAGCUUUUGAAUAAAAUUAAGACAUAAUUUAGCAUUCCCAGGAAAAUGAUCAUUACAAUUGCAAAUGUAGCACAGCAAUCACUUACCCUAGUAUAAUAAUAAAAAAAAAAAGUUAUUUGGCAGAGCAUAAUCUGGAGCAAAAGAAAGCUCUCAAAACAGUAACAAAUGCAUUACUGACAUGAUAUUGCAUAACACACACAUUGAUUUUGUGUAUCUAUAGUUACAGGUAAUAAAUAUUUUUACAUAAAUUGACAACGUUUUGUACAAUCGGCAGGCAAGCUUUGUAUCUGAACAUAUUCUAAAGCCACACAUGAUUUUAUGUGCCGUACACAUACAGUUAUGUCUUGGCUACCUUUUUUAGUAUGCAGUUUGAAGGCGGCAACCGUUCGUGAACCCUUAACAAUCUGUGUGGAGGUGAACUGUUGAAGAGGUGGCGGCAGGAGGCAGUUCAAACAACCUGCCUGUCAGACUCCCAGAGUUCUCGGAAAGGGAUGCAGCUUUACUUCCGGGGUAGCUCUAUAGGUCUCAUUAGUGCUAAUAGUAGUUAUAUUUUCAGUUAGAAUCCGUUGGUACAAAUAAUACAUGUUCAAGCAGAAAUCAAAGUUACUAUCUUCAACUCAUUUUCGAAAGAUCCUGACGUGCUUGCCCUCCUAGUACACUACUCCUGGGGAUUGGAAAGUAGUUUUAAAAGACCUACUUUGAUGAUUUUGAAAUCAGAGAAGAUAGUCUUUCCAUUUUUAUGACAGCUUCAGGUGAAGAAUAUAUAUUUUCAGGAAAAUUCUAAACCGAAAGUUCUAUGGUUUAUUAAAAUACUGAAUAACAAAUGUUAGCUUUUCAGGAUGGAAUUUGUUCUUGUAUGUGUGUGGGUGAGUGCCUGAGGGGUUGAGUCAACCUCUUUUAAACAGAUCAGACCUAGUAGUUUAGAGUUUUAAGUAGAUGAAACUCUUCAGUAAAAAUUAAUAUUGGGUUGGCAGGGGUCAGAGGAACAGGGGAAAAGAGGCAUUUUGCUAAACAGUCCCGUACACUGAGGUGAUAAACAGACAUCCCCGAAGAAACCUGGAUACCUAUGCUUCCCAUAGGAAUGGAGACGUCUACGUGGACCCAGAAAUUUUAAAGGACAUAAAUGUAUUUUUCCACGCGCAUCUGUAUACCGUGUGUACUCGAUGCAAAAAGUGCUGGUCAAUUUAUUGUGGAAGAAGACGAUACCUUGUAGAAAGUGAAGAAAAUAAACUUUUAACAGUUUUUUGUUUAGACUAUUUAUGUGAUUAUAGCCAUAACAAAGCAGAAGGCUCAGAUGUAUAGUGUAGUCUACUGUGUCUACUGCAGAUAGAAAUGUAAAUUUGAUAAAGAACUAACAAAUUGCCUAUAUGUUUCUGCAUUUCUCUUUUUCUUUUUUCUAGGGGGAUGGGAAAUAAUUGCAAUUUUCAAGGAAGAAUCUGUUUUGAAUCCCAGGCUGUAUUCUAUUUGAAGGAGACGAAACUUUUAAAUGGUUCCAUGCCUUUUUGUGUCUGUUGUUUAUUGAUUAUAAAAAAGGAAAAUGUACCUUUCAUGGCACAUAUAGCCCCCAAACGAUUAUUCAAAUACAGUAUGUAUAUUCUAAACUAAACGAUGAAGCCCUUGUAAUAUAUGUUGAGGAUGUAAAAUUUAAAUAAAUAAAUAAACACGCAAAAUCUACAGAAGAGCUUUUGUUUUCUGACAGGCAGACAUUACCCCUUAAGUCUCCCAACUGAGUUCCAUUCUGUUUAAAUAAAGUUUGAAGAAACUCACA